CAUCCCUGUCCCCCAUCCUCAUCCCCGUGUCCCCAUCCCCACGUCCCCGUGUCCUUACCCCCGUGUCCCCAUCCUGUGUCCCUGUCCCCACUUCUUCACAUCCCCGUCCCCUGUCCCCGCAUCCCCGUCCCGUGUCCCUGUCCCCGUGUCCCUGUCCCCAUCCCACCUCCUCGUCCCCCCAUGCCCACGUCUUUGUCCCCGUCCCCACAUUCCCGUGUCCCCCUCCGUGUCCCCGUCCCCACGUCCCUCUCCCACCUCCUUUAUCCCACGUCCGUGUCCCCGUCCCCGUCGUCCCCCCCCCGCCCCCGCCAUCCCGGCGCCGUCCCCGCGUGGCCGGGGAGGGGGGUGGCCCGUGGCCAGGGGCCGACGUGCGGCGGCCGGCGCGGCCUUUUCCUCGACGGCCGAACCUUUGCGGGGGGUGGGGGUGGGGGGGGGAACCAAACGGACGGGGAAACCCCCCCCCCCCCCCCGCCCCCCCCAACAAGGGCCCUUCCGGCCCCGCGGCCCCUCGGAUCAAACAUUAACCGGGGACGGGGACGGGGGGGACGCGGCGACGGGGACGGCCACAGGCCCGGGGCCACCCAGGGACCCCCCCCCGUGCCAUGAGCAGCCGGCGAUGGGGGCGGCGGGGCUGUGUGCGCUGCUGCUGAUGCUGUUGGGGGUCCCGGGGCGCCCCGACGGCCCCCCCUCGCUCUGCGACCCCCGGGUGAUGGAGAGGUUCAUCCUGGAGGCCCGCGACGCCGAGAGGGGGCUGGCCGGCUGCGGCCCCCCCUGUGACCUGCCCGAGGCGGUGGCCGUCCCCGACCCCGGCGUCAACUUCAACAACUGGCGGCGGAUGGAUGCGGGGGCGCGGGCGCGCGAGGUGGGGGGGGGCCAGGCGGUGCUGGUGGCCGCCGUCCUGCGGGCACGGGAGCUGCUGCCGGACCCCCGCCUGCGCCCCACGCUCGACCGGGCCUACAGCGCGGCCCGCAGCCUGGCCCACCUGCUGCGGGGGGUCCCUGCCCCG